GUGCCGUGUUGGCGGUGUAAAGGCACCGCCUGAGCGCGUAGUGUGGGACUAAUUGUACAAUGACACUUUCGGGAACACGCAAAAUCACUAUUAUUACUCUAAACGCAUCUGCACGUCGUUCUGAUUGUAAUAAUAUUUGUGGCAUUUACCUUCACCUAAAGCGCUAGCGCGGACUUGCGUCUGGGAGUAGCUGAAACUACGCCGUUUACCUUCGAACGUUUAAAUUGGGCGAGCAAGUCUUCACUUCUGCGUAUGCGUCGCUUAUUAAUUAGUAUGCAACCUGUCUCCUUGUCGAAAGCGGCUCUGGAGGCCUACGUCGUCUCGGCGAACGAUGUCGUCCACUUCAAGUUGGUUAUGACGACGGACGACAUCGAAGACGAUGACAUCGCCUUUCAACCGGAGAUGUCACAUCAAAUCUUCGGGGAAGGGGAAAGCAUCUUUGGUUACCGGGACCUGCACGUGAAACUCUACUAUGGAUCCUGCUCGCUGACUCCAUACCUCGGCAUGUCCUACACCGAGAAGAUCGAUCUGAAAAAGAGCGACGGCCUAAAGGCUGAUGAUGUGCUCAAAACUGUCUUGGAGAAGUUGCCAUCUGGCGUCCACACGAACAUAGAUGAGUUCGUGUCGAUACUUCCGAAAGAAACCGCAUUCCGGCCAUUCGGCGAACUGCUUUACUCCUUCAAAAUUGGAAGAGGUGGCCUGUCUCGCACGUUCGAGCUGUACUCGGCAAGUGUGAUGACUCCUGGCUUUCUGGAUUAUCAUGCACGCAUGCAGAGCUUCAUCCUGUGGUUCAUCGAUGCGGCUUCGUACAUCGACUCGGACGACGAGAAGUGGGAGUACUUUGUCCUACACGAGAAAAAGGUUGUGGAUGGAGUCACGUGCUAUCCCUUCGCUGGAUACGCAACUGUGUACAGAUAUUAUGCCUACCCAGCUCACAUCAGGCCGAGGAUAAGCCAGAUGUUGGUUCUACCUCCUUUCCAGAAGAUGGGCUUGGGCACUGAGCUGCUGCAAGGAAUAUACAACUUUUACAGUGACCGACAUCGCAAGUGUGUCCUGGACAUCACAGUGGAAGAUCCUUCGGAAGUUUUCACGAGACUAAGGGACUUCGUUGAUGCCAGGAACUGCCUGAGCUUGCCAUUUUCCAAGGAAAGUUUGCUUAAUGGAUUCUCAGAAGAUAUGUGGAAAGAAGCCCAAGAGAAACUGAAAAUCAACAAGAAGCAGGCACGGAGAGUAUACGAAAUUCUUCGAUUACGGGCGACAAACACUGCAAAUGCCAGCCAGUACAAAGCAUAUCGCCUGGAAGUGAAGAAUCGGCUAAAUGCACCCUACCAGAAGCAAAAAACCGACAUAGAGAAGAUGCAGCGGACGAUGUCGCCGGAGGAGUUUCGUGCCACGUUGCAGUGCCUCAACGCCGAGAACCGCAUUGAGCAGCUGGAGAGCCAGUACAGGGACUUGGAGAUGGAGUACAGGCGCACCAUUGAGCGCUUGGCCGUCGCUCCCAGGAGCUGAUUGGGCAGAGGAUACCUCCACCAUUGUGUUACUGCACCGUUUCAUCCCGUGUAUGAAGUGUCCGUGUUUGCUUGCUUGGUCCAUGUUCCGCAUGUCUUUUCUCACUUGAGGGAAACUGCACACUGUUAUUUGGUACAACGCUAUCCUCGUCGCACUGACACUUUUGAAGUGGAGAUAUUUUUUUCUUUAUACCGGGGUUCUGAGAAGAAGCUUCUGUAUAAACAUGUUGAGAAGUUCCAAUGUUCGAUGUCAACUAACUAAAUUUCGGCAAAUUUACUUUUGUUUUUUCCACAUAAGUGACAGAGUCAAACGCACCCUGACUGCUUGUGGUAUGUCUCUUGUGCUGGCCACCUCUUCUUUUUUUCAUAGAAGGCUUGUCAACAAUUUGGCUAAUAAGUGCUAAGUUCGCAACCUGUUGAACUGUUCAAAGAAUAUGGGCAUUGCAGUGAUAUGAACCAUGCCAAUUGCAUGUCCGCGGUAGGUAAUUAUUCAUGCAGUGAAACAGUCUAAAGAGAUACUAUCCGCCCCAACCUGUCAGUGUUGUUGGCGUUACGAAUGUCAGAAUUUAAUGUAAGACAUGAACUCAUAUCGAGCUUGCACAUUUUUUUCAAAAACUAUAAUGCAUCCUUUGUCUGAUGCACUUUUAUGUAGUUGUAAAAAGGGUAGUUGUUUGGAGCUCCAAAUCUGUCUGUAGCAGUCGGCAUCCCUCACUUUGAUCCUAACCCGGUGCAGGGUAGCAUACCGGAUCUCAACAUCUUGUUAUCCUCCCUGCCUUCCUUUUGUUUUCUCUUUUCUCUCUCUCUGGCAUCUCUCUAAAUAAAGCAAGAUUGCUUCCACAUGUACUUAAAUAGAAAAACCAUAUUUAGCCCAAACAUAACUCUUCUGCUUCGCACGGUCAGACAUUAGUUUGGAGAAGUAGUAAUCAUCCAUUGCACUUGUUGUGGACACGCGUCUGCUUGUUGUUGCUUGACAUGUAAAAAUUGUUGGUGCAUCUCAUGUUAACCUUGUAGGUGCCCUGCUAAUACAGUGGCUUCAGUAAAAUAAACAAAGCAUUUUGUUGUAUGUA